GGAAUCACAGGCUGCUGCAGGAAACGGAGGCAGAGCAGAGUCGCGAGAUUUCGCUCGUUCACCUCCCGCAGACCCCGCCCCUCCUCGGAGCUCCUGGCAGUUUUCUUGGUUGCACGUGUAGUUGUUGUAGUUCGUUCUCACGUGACCACGGAAGUGUAGGCACCUCAGGCCCCGCCUCAAAAAUGGCGGCGCCCAGUGCAUGGGUCCACGACCCUCCUCGGUUCAGUUUCGAAUUGUAACCUUGAAGGUGUCUGCUGGGCCAUGGACGGACCUGGGUUUACGGCCUCGCUGGUGGCUGGUGGGGUAGCAGGUGUCUCUGUUGACUUGAUAUUAUUUCCUCUGGAUACCAUUAAAACGAGGCUGCAGAGUCCCCAAGGAUUUAAUAAGGCUGGUGGUUUUCGUGGAAUAUAUGCUGGCGUUCCUUCUGCUGCUAUUGGAUCCUUUCCUAAUGCUGCUGCUUUUUUUAUCACUUACGAAUAUGUGAAAUGGUUUUUGCACACUGAUCCAUCUUCAUAUUUGAUGCCUGUGAAGCAUAUGUUGGCUGCCUCUGCUGGAGAAGUGGUUGCCUGCCUGAUUCGUGUUCCUUCUGAAGUAGUUAAGCAGAGGGCACAGGUUUCUGCUUCUUCAAGAACAUUUCAAAUUUUCUCUAACAUCUUAUAUCAAGAGGGCAUCCAAGGAUUGUAUCGAGGCUACAAAAGCACAGUUUUAAGAGAGGCGGUGGAAAUUUCCCCUAAUCUAGUGGCUGGAAACAGGAACCUUUGGGAGUCAAGCCUCAGGGACUGCUCUUCAAAGUCUCUUUCCCAGUUCUGUUGUCUGCCCGCUAAGUUCCUUUUCCCCAACUCUUCAUGUAAGAGUUACAUUCCUUUCUCGUUGGUCCAGUUUCCCCUGUGGGAGUCCUUAAAAGCCCUCUGGUCCUGGAGGCAGCGUCACGUGGUGGAUUCUUGGCAGUCAGCAGUCUGUGGAGCUUUUGCAGGUGGGUUUGCUGCUGCUGUCACCACGCCUCUGGAUGUCGCGAAAACAAGAAUCAUGUUAGCAAAGGCUGGUUCCAGCACUGCCAGUGGGAACGUCCUCUCUGCCCUGCACGGGGUCUGGCGGACGCAGGGGCUGUCAGGAUUAUUUGCAGGUGUCUUCCCUCGAAUGGCAGCGAUCAGUCUGGGAGGUUUCAUCUUUCUUGGUGCUUAUGACCAAACUCGCAGCUUGCUGUUGGAACUUGGCAGCGAGAGCCCGUGAAUCAGACGGCCCCGCAUCCACUUUUUUCAAGAAAGGGGACUGCUGUGAGAACUGCCUCCCUUCCGGGGAGCAGCUGUUCGGCCAUCUGAACAACAGAACACAGCGCUCAAACCCAGUUCUGCUAAGAUUACGACAUGGAGAAUGUGUCUUCCGUGCUACAGGCUGGCUGGAAUGAUGUUGGCAGCCUAUUUGCCAGACAGUUAAGAGAAAAUGAUGUCCACAGCGGUUCUUUGAACCAUUUUCUCAGAACCCUUAAUAAAUGAGUUUGGUAAUGCUGAGUCCAGGCCCUCCAGAGCAUUCAUUUGAUCUGCAUGGGAUCUUUUAUUUCCUGCCACCUGACAGCAGCGUGGCGGAAGGCAGGGAUGGUUAUAAUUUUCAAAGAAUGGCUAGGCUGGAAAAAGGAAGGAGCCUUGGGAAAAAGUUGUAUAAGUGGGUGGGUUUCUCCCCUGGGUUAAUUACUGUUGUGUAAGCUUACAGUUUUGUUUAAAGAGAAUGAUCUACAGGUGCACAAAGACUAUUUUUGCUGGUAACCAGGCUGUUCUGAAUUACCCUCCGAUUUAACCUAUAAAAACACACACGUAUCAUUUUACAGGGACGUGUCCCGUGGCCCAUGUGUAUAAGAGAAAAAAGGCAGACUCAGCUCGUGACAAGGAUCUGAACCCCAGGAUCUCUCUUCUCCACAUCAGCUCACAGGAGGGCUGGGGCCGGCUUUGCAAACAGUGUUGUUUCUUGGUUCCUAGUCAGUAAGGUUUAUUGUCUGGAAUUGCAAGCACAACCCUGGAAAUAGAAGGGCUGAAAUGGGAAGGUCACCAUUUUAGAGCUUGACUCAUAAGCUCCAGGUUUUAGAAAAAUUCAGACUCUCGGGAUUUUGGUGGUGUCAUGUCUCCUCUGGAGCCACAGUAUACGAUUCCGCUUUCCCUACAGUUGUUUUUCUUUUUGAGCAAAAAGGUAAUUAAAGGCAGAAUGAUUGCAUUUGUUGGGGAAUCUCUGGAAUUAAACGGGAUGAAACAAUGCUGAUUAAUGUAGAAGAGUGACUCGAGCCACACACAUAACAUUUAUAAAUGAACCUUUAUUAAAGACACUUCAAUACCAUUUGUUAGACACUUCAAUAUUUUACAUGUUUUCAAUGUACAUUGUACCAAAAUUUCUAUAAAUAAAUAACUUUGUACAUAAAAGUAAUACUUCCUCUUUCACAUUGCCUCUCAGAAGCAGCAAAUUCACAUAUGUUGUGGAAGUAACAUUAAUCAGUUAGCUGUUGAGAACAAAAUUCUAAAUGUGCUUACCUUUUGAAACAGUGAUGACAUUUGACAGUAAAAUUUAACAUAGGUAACCAUUUUGUCAAUAUCUACCUUCAGCUUUGGGCUAUAGGACCUCGCUGUCUUGAGCGUUUAAGGACCUUGUUAGUUUCAAUGUAAUUUUUCCUGAAAUCUACAUUGGCACUCACAAGAUGGUCAGCUACAGGUCUCCAAAGUGCAAAUAUACCCAGAGCCCCGGGCAAGGGCUAACCAACCCUUCUGCCGUCCGAGCCUGUGUCUGUGUGCGAGGGAAGGACAUGGACAGGCCUGCUCCGGAUCCUCAGUAGAGAUACACUAGCCCUGAACGUGAGGACUCGGCCCUUCUCCUCCCCUAAGACCAAUGUAAUGUUAAGUAUAUUGGCAGAACUAAAACAUCACUAUUGAAAAAUCCACAGGUACCAACAGCAGCAGCCUCUAUCUUAUUAAAAAGCCUCAAAUGACAAUCGAGGGAUGCUGACAAGACCACAUUUGCUUUUGUCAUAGAAGGAAGAAAGGCAGUGCUUAAUUGUUCGGACCAAAUGCUUGUGGUGGAUUAUAAACAACCCUCAUCGUGCUCGGUAAGGACAGAACUGAAACCUUCGCGAAGUCACUCGCUGCAGAGGUACGUGCGCGGCACCUCAGUCCCACGGGAGGUCUGCGGCAGGAGCAUCCCCACGGGGCAACACUGACGUGAAGCCACUUACAACGCAUACAAAGUCUCUGCCUGUAAAGCACCCCCGGGGUCUGUCCUAUGAAGUGCAGUACAAGUCCAAGGUCUUUCCAGCCUUCCUCCCCACCACACCUCCUGGGAACAAAUGUGGUUUGUCCUUGU